AUAAUGGUGCACUAUUUGGAGGUCGAAGGUGAAACAGUGCCAGCAGAGCCUCUCACAACAAAUGUUGACUAGGCACUGCAGGACGAGGCAGAACUGCGACAUUCCCUGGCGCCAGCCAACUGGGCAUACCUCACCAUCAGCGACAGGAACCUCUGCUCCAUUCUCAGUCAGAGCAACACGGCCCUCGAAAUACACACCCUCGCCGCACAGCUCCGACUAACGCUCGACCAAAACAUGACGAAAGUGGCCACUCUGGACCACGCCAUUGCCACGAACAAUUCCGGUCUCCCGUUCGACUGGGUGAAAGAGGCACAACCGAAGCGGCAGAGGGCGAGAGUAGCUCCGAAAGAAAUCAGUGGGAUUUGUCACGACGGCGGCAGCGCGGGUAACAAUGCGAGAUUGAUCAAUAUCGGAGGUGUUGGGUCAAACGCAGGGGCAGUAUCGGAACAGGCAGACGAGAACCAGAUUUUGAAAGCUCUGUCAUCCUCCCCGCAUAUCAUCCUCUGCUGCCCGCAAAACGGUUCGGUUAGCUACGUUCUGUUGAACGGUGCUUCGCUCGGUGGAGGCGUGGGGAAGGGUACGGCGGUUAUGGGGAACGAGCGGGGGAGGGAGGGAGAGAUAAACGAAUCGAAUCAACUCUCCUCUUCAACUGCAGCUUCUGAUCAAGAUUCCGGAAAUUCCGCUGCGUCCAUAUUGGGAAGUUCUUGCAAAGGGGACCGAGGACCAAAGGGAAAGGCCAGAGCCGAUCCUUCAGGCCCUCAGACUGACUACGAUUUGUCAAAGUUUAACAAUUUCGCAAGUCGGUUGACCGAGGUCGACCCUCUCCAGGGGUUCGUUAGUCUAGAAUAUGGUGGGGGUCCCCCCGAACAUUUCCAGGCCCUCCGAGUUCCCCCAGGGGGGCAAAAUUUAGAGGAAGGGGUGGAAGUUAGUGGAUCGAUGUUGGACGGCAUGUCUGGUGUGUUGGCAGAGCAGUUAGUGGGUUCCGGGAAUCAGAUGCCGCCUCACUCUAUAACUCUGAAACCACUUGACAAGGGUUCUUCAAAUGCCUCAUACACACCGCAAAACGCACACCAAACAUUCUCUCUGCCUCCCUAUACUUCACUCCCAGCAGCCACUGCUCAUCGACUGACACUGAGUCACCCAACGACCAUCAGCAGUACUAGCAAUGUUUUGGACGACAGUAUAGAAGGAGGCGAAGGAGAAAUGUUUGACCUUUCGUUGAACUUAGACCCGGAGAGUCUUAGAGAUCUCUUGAGAGUUCCGCUGUCGCCAGAAGUGGGCGUGGCACGGGAGACGGAGGGUGGGAGGCGGAGGGAAGAAACUGCGGCCAACGCGAUGGAAAGUACUUCGACCCUUUCUCCGAUUUCGCAGCUCAUGCAGAGUUUGGUUCCGCCGAUGGGGGUGGGGAGAGAGGGAGCGGGAGAGGGGGAGGAGAACGUAUUUCUGGACGGCUCUUUGCCAAGUGGAGCAAGUCCCAACAGCAGCGGGAUGGAAUCACUCACAGAUACCAGUACUACACCAAAUGCCAGUAAUUCUGAGAAUUACAUUGACAUUCACAGUGCGCAGUCUGGUCCUAUGGACGUUCUUAACACGAGGCUGCCUCGAAACCCGUCCCUCUCGUCUCUACAUGUCUUCCCAGAACAGGGCUCACCAGUGAGCACUUCGUACCAGUGGGAAGAGCUCCUACAUCGACCCAGCGAUACCCUCACACCAUCUGAGACGAUGCGUCAUUCUCAGCAAACGGCCAGCGCUUGCUCUGCCGCACAACCUCGGUCCCAUACUAAUGCUUCCAUGUCCCAUACUGCUACCACGUCGCAUUCCGGUUCUCCUCAGAGUCUGUAUUCCGUUCCAACCUCGGCAUAUCCUCAUCAGCUCUCACCUCUUUCUCUGCCCACAACUAGUACUGUAGGUCUCCCGUUCCUGAGAGAAUUACAACAAGCAUCUGUAAACCGCUCUUCGCCAAGAAGUGGACGUUCGGCUGAUCCACUCAGCUACCCAACAGUUGGCGGUCCCCUCCCACCAAUUUCCUUCCAGGACCCCCUAGACGAGGCCGACCCCUGCGUUUUCUCGGGGGGAUCAAUUCUAAGACCUCUACCAGGGCCUAGUUUUCGCUCUCCUUCUUCCUCUCACUCUCCCUCAUUCAGACCUUCUUCACCUCCUCCCUCCUCCGACAGCAACGAAAAUGGAGUAUCUGCCAUGGACACGUGUUUUCUGCCCGGCCAGCCUUCCCUGUCGCGCAGCGUGAGUCCUCGCUCGCUGUCAAACAUCCCCGAAGGUGUUCCAAUGAGCGUCCUCCUCGACCCCCUCAAUAAACACCUCGUUCAGCAGGGGGCCAUCGGGAAUUUCAUGGACCCCCCGACAGGCCUAUCACUCGCGCCAUCUUCCUCGUACCGAGUCCCGAAAUCCCCGACUCCCUCUUCCCCGAGUAUUGGGUCCGUUUCGGGGCACUCGACCGUCUCCUCGCUUUUCGACCCGGGAGGGGAAUCCCCUUCCGUGCUCGAGUUGUGUGAAUUACUCAGCGAGUCUCCCAACGUUCAGCACCACGACUUCUCAAACAUGACCUUCACUGACACAGAGCAGAAACAGUUGUACAGAGCAAUUCAGAUCAUUCAAAACACAUUUCGGAAGUUCAAGACACAAUGGCAGCAGCUACCGCGAGUCGAGGACAGGCAGAAGUACGCAGCACUCCUGAUUGAGAACUACUACACCAGAUAUCGGCAGUUGAAGCAGCAGCAGGACAGAGCGGCUCGCAGGAUCCAGCACAACUAUCGGAUGUAUCGAAACAGGUCCAGGGAAAUGAAUAGGGCUGCCCUCUUUAUCCAACAGAUGUACAGGUUCCAUCGAAUCAAGAGACAACAACCAGAUGCUAUGUCUACUAUCAGAAGCCCACCGUUUCAACACAUUAUUACCACCCCUGUCACUACCACACAAAAUUAAUCAAGCUACUUUCUCUAUUUGUACGUCACAAACUAACUCAUGGAAUAUUGAAAUCCUAAUACUCGUUGCGCAUGCGUGUGCUGUACGCAAAAUGACCAAGAUAGAGGGGCAAAGAAUAAUGAGUUUGAGAAGUGAAAAGGCAACACAGAGACUGCAUCUUUCGGAGGUGUGGUGGCUUUGAGAAAAGCCGGUUGAGAUAAAAAAGAAAGAAAAAUGAGGCGGCAGUCUAGUAUUCUUGGCUCUGAGAGGAUCCUUUCUUCCCUCCACUGCCAGCUGACUUCUUGGGCAGGAGAACGGCCUGGAUGUUGGGGAGGACGCCUCCCUGGGCGAUGGUGACUCCCUUGAGCAGCUUGUUCAGCUCCUCGUCGUUCCGGAUGGCGAGUUGGAGGUGGCGCGGGUUGAUCCUUUGUUUCUUGUUGUCGCGGGCGGCGUUGCCGGCCAGCUCGAGGAUCUCAGCGGCCAGGUACUCCAUGACGGCUGCCAGGUAGACGGGGGCUCCUGCUCCAACUCGCUCGGCGUAGUUGCCCUGGCGGAGGAGACGGUGGACUCUGCCGACUGGGAACUGAAGACCGGCACGGGCAGAUCGGCUCUUGGCCUUCGCGCGGGCUUUGCCUCCUUUGCCACGUCCAGACAUGAUUGCUGCUUGCUUGGUUCUCGAGAGAGUUCGGUUGAAGAAGCUCGGAAGAGUGUUUGCCGGACGGGUAGCUGCCUUUUUACUUGUGGAAAUCGCCGCCAAAGCUAGCGGGGG